CAAGGCAGCCAGCAUUCACAAUUCACAUUCACACUCACACCUCGAAUCCCUCUCUCAUCCUCUUUCUCUAUAUUUCAAAGCCCAUAUUCUCUCAUUCCGUCUUUCCACUUCCAUGCAACUCGACUCUCAUCGUCGUCAAUCGAGUUUCACCAUGCCUUGCCCUUGGUCUCGGCGCUGCCGAGCAGCAGUCGACAAUGUCCCAGACACCCUGCCCUCACCCACCUCAGCCCCAGACAUGGAGGACUGGAAGAAGAUCCGCAAAUACCAUCUCCGUAACAUGAGAAAACAAGUCCGUCAAGUCGUCCUCUUAAUGGCGUUGAUGGAAGCUAUUCGAGUCGGACCAAUUCAACUUGUCUACGAGGGUAAACAUGGCUACCCUGCGGCAGGGGCAGAUGACUUUGGCAUUGCACACGCGGUCGGAUACUUCGUCAGCUGGCUCUACCUCUGCGCAUUCACCAUCGUCUUCGUCCCAUUCUUCAGCUGGUGGCUGCCAGAAAUGGGCUCCGGCGACCCAGACAAGCCCUCCACGGCCGACAAAGCCGUCAAGAUCUUGACCAAACUCAACCUCGUCCUCCUCCCCAUGUCCAUUGGCAUCGGCCUACUUACCUACGCUUACCACGCCAUCUGUGCCUUCAUCUAUGUCGACUCCCGCCCCCGAGGCAGCAAGAGGUUGCCCAAGAAUACCCGCAAGAACUGGCUCAUCCGCCUCUGCAUGGUCCUAGGCAUUGCAAUGUCGACUGCAGGCGGGUACGGCGCCUUUAACAUUCUCGCUGCAUGGGAUCUGGCACAUGUCAAGCCAAUAGAGUACGCCAUCAUCGUGGUGCCCGUUCAGAUCAACUUGGGUAUGCUUUUUGGCACGAUUGCUCAAUUCAAGAUGGAGAAGAGACUGGCCAGAAAAGAAGCUGUCAAGCUGGAGAGUGCCAAACACGAAGCAGCCUCUGCCGAUGAGAAGGCUGGUCUCUUGCAAGAGGUGUAGAGUGCUGUCGUGGAGAAACAGUGGCCUGGUUUGCUGAAUUCGAGCGCCCGUUUGCAAGGUGAUCGAAUCAUGACAUAGUGGAUCGGCAGCGUUGGGGGCAGGAGAUUUGUAUCGAAAUCCCUAGAGACUAUGGAGAGGGCAGAAAGGUCAGCGAAGUGGCUGAAAGAAGGAGAAGGCCAGUGAGUUCGUCAUCAUCCACGCGAAACAAUCGUAUACAACGGAGAUCCUGGUGGUGUGUAAUUUGUUUUGGGCAGGACAAUCGCUUGGAUUACAGGUGGUCGUUUGCACGUGCAGUAUGAUGGCGAGCCUGGUCAAUGGGAAGGCGUGCAUGUGCGAGGCGAUAAGUAGCGUUCACCCAUCCUUGUUGAGACUGUUUUCAUCUUCGCGUACCUCAGGGAAGGACACUUUCGUGAGAAUUCUCGACAUCCUUAUGUCAAGAAUCAAGCGCUUGACACGUGGACUCACUGCUCUAAUAGUAUGGAAGAGCCGAAGGACUUUUGUAAUAUCAUUAUAGCACAGAUCUACAAUGCUUGACACCGCUCGAUUUCCCA